AUGAAGGUGAAACAAGACACUCCUGGUUGCAUCACAAAUAACAAUCCUCAGAAAGAACCCUAUGUCACGCAAAGGAUAUCACAUCGAGAGUUGUUGCCGAUCGCGAUCCAGAUUACGGAUGUGACUAACCGGCAAGAAAGCCGGCCUUUUAUAGAAGAGAAGUUUGAGAUGAAUGCCGCGAACCCGUGGGAAGUGUCAAUCGUGGAACAUCAAGCAAACUGUGCUCAGUUCGCGUCGCUCUACCCUCAGAAUGGCCAGAUUGAUGGAAACACCGCUAGAAAUGUAUUGAUGAAAAGUAAUCUACCGCCACAGUUGUUAGCGCAGAUUUGGGCUCUAUCAGAUACGAAUCAUGAUGGUAUGCUGGACGCACGCGAAUUCUCCAUAGCUAUGCGUCUUACACGGAACUGCAUUGCUGGACUUCCACUUCCACCUGCCCUACCUCCAUCACUGAUGCAAGUGCCUGCUGGCAGUGGACCACCCCAAGUGUUGUCACAUAUGAAUGCGAUGGCUCAGCCGAAUGCUAUGUAUACUCCAGAAACACCUACAAUUCCAUACGGCACAUCACCUAUGCAACCAGUGAUGCCAAAUUUUCCUGUCUACCAUACUGCACCGGCAGGAAUGAUGGCAAGGAGGCCUUCACAACCUCAGAAUGGUGGUAGCACUCCGAUUCCUACACAGGGAAAGCAAUGUGGAAACUGGACUAUCCCGCAUCAGAAUAAAUUGAAGUAUAGCCAGCAGUUCAACCAACAUGACAAACAGCGUGUUGGAUUUCUCACGGGUCAGGCAGGACGUAGCGCUCUUGGUAUGAGUGGCCUUCCAACUACAGCUCUCGCGCUUAUAUGGACAUUGUCCGAUGUUAAUAAAGAUGGGAAACUUAAUGUUGACGAGUUCUGCAUAGCAAUGCACCUGAUAGACAUGUUUAAGGCGGGCUAUGCACUACCUGAUCAGACCCCUCCUGAGUUGAUACAAAUGUGUGGGAUGUCGAGGUCAGCUAACAACAGUCCACAACUAGAGCCUGGUGCGCCACCAGCUCAGAAAAGUCCGGCUCCGAAAACUUUUGAAGACAAACGAAUGGAUAAUUUUGCACGGGGGCAAGCUGAGCUUGAGCGCAGGAGACAGAUAUUGAUGGAAGAGGAAAAUCGACGUCGAGCUGAAAUUGAAAAACGCGAAAGGGAAGAAGCCGAGAGGAAAGAAAGGGAACGAUUAGAAAAAGAAAGACAACGAGAAAUCGAGCGACAGGCUGAAUUAGAGCGUCUGCGACAGUUGGAAGAAGCUCGCUUAGAACAAGAAUUGAAGCGGCAAGCCGAACGUGAAGCUGCCAGGAAGGAAGCUGAAAGACAAAGAAUGAUUGAAGCGGAGAAAAUGAGAUUGAAAGAAAUGCAGGCGCAGAAACAAAGGGAAGCUGAAAUCACAGCGCAGCGUCAGCAACGCCAGAAGACGCUGACUUUCCAACUCCAGGCAUUGUCAGAAAAAUCGGUGGACACAGAUACGAACAUUACAAAGGCUCGGGAGAGGAUUGCGGAAAUCACACACGAAAUAGAAGGGAUGAGGGACCAGCGCGACGAAAAACUGCAACGCAUCGCUGAGUUGCAAAAGAACAAUCAGCAACUCAGUGUGCAAGCUCAAGAAUUGGCUCAUCAGUUAUUACAAUUACAAAGCGCCAAUAAAGAAACGGUAGCCAGGAAGAACGAACUAGAAGAAUUGAGGAAACGACGUGACGCAGCAAAGAUUGUAGUGGCCGAAGCCGCUGCGCAAGUGGAAGCAACUCGCGCGAGAACCGCUGCUCAAAUUGCGGAGGCUGAGAAGAAGUCUGACGAGUACAAUGCGGAACGGGCAGAGCUACUAAAAGCGCGUGAGGACUACCGGGAAGUGCUAAGCAAAGUAGCAGAGUUACAAACACAGGCUCGUGCAAAGUUGACAGAGAAAGCUGCUGCUGCAGCUAAGGUUGCGGCUGAAGCCAAGGCAAAGGAGGAAGCAGAACGUGAGCUCGAAAACCGGCGGAAAGCUGCGGAAACAGCAGCUAACAGCGUCCAAGCUCAAGCCUUUGGAGAGGUGUUUUCUGGCCAGGCAGCUGCUACAACCUCUCCUACGAAAGCAACGCCCAAUCAAAACUCUGCACCUGUUCUGCAGCAAGAGUCCGUUUCAAGUGGAGCUGCACUGCCGCUUGCGAGUGCUGGCGGAACGACGAAGUAUCGUGCUUUGUUCGAGUUUUCGGCGCGAAGCGAGGAUGAGUUGAGCUUCCAGCCUGGUGACGUUAUACUUGUUUUUGAGUCGCAUGCUGCUGAGCCUGGAUGGAAAGCCGGGCAGAUCAGAGACAAGGUCGGAUGGUUUCCGGAAGCUUUCGCGGAGCCCAUCGGCCCUGUUCAUUCUGCAGUCUCGCAGCCUAUACAAAACAUGCCACCAAAUGUAACUCCGUCGCCUUCAUUAGAUAGGAUUCCGGAAGAAGCAGCAGUAAAAACUGUUUUGUCUCCUAAGGAAGCUCAGCCUGAAACUGUGGCUGUCAUUUGUAAGUGUGUGGCCCAGUUUCCAUGGAAAGCCCGCAAUGAAGGAGAUCUAUCGUUUUCAAAGGGUGACCCGAUUGAGAUAAUUGAGCAACAAGAAAUGAAAUGGCGUGGACGCAAAGUCGAUGGAUCUACUGGGUGGUUCCCUAAAAGUUAUGUGCGAAUAGUCAAUCAGGGGAGUUCGUCAACGUCACAGCCAUCCUCCGCGGCUCAUUCAGUUGAUCAGGCGACACCCACUGCCGGAUCACCAACCGCUGGUUCAACUACGCCUACUGGUAAAAGCGGUGCGAGCGCAAAUAGUACACGGCAGAUGUCGCAGUCCAACUCUUCGCAGCAGAUAAAUAUCCCACAAUCUCAGUCGCGGCAGUCGAUUGCAUCGCAGUCCUCCAGAGUAUCUGCCUCAGGGCAUCAAGCCACACACGACUGGUAUGUGGCUAUGUUCGACUUUGAUGCUGUUGAACCAACUGACUUAUCACUGAAAGUCGGUGAUCGCAUCCUGGUAUUGGAGCGCAAGGAUGACUGGUGGAAAGGUCGAUGUAAUGAUCGUGAGGGAAUAUUUCCGGCCAACUACGUCCAGAAAUGUGAAUCUCCGGUGGGUGCUGCGAUCCCAAUACUUUGCCGUGCUAGAGCAGUAGCUGACUUCGAUGCGACCGCAGCUAACCAACUUACUCUCAAAACUGGUGACAUUGUAUCCGUACGCGAAAAGAGUUCCACUGGAUGGUGGGAAGGUGAAAUUGUGCGAGAUGGACAUACUCAGGCUGGAUGGUUUCCAGGCGAUUACGUCACGCCCAUUCCUACCAAUAACAUCACCGAGAAUACUGCAACAGCUAUCUUCGACUACGAAGCUGGUCAAGCGGACGAGCUGUCUUUCAAGGCUGGUGACGUCAUUGUUAUUGUGGAUAAGAAAGACGCCGACUGGUGGUCAGGACACAAGUUGGACACCCCGAAUGUGCGAGGGCUCUUUCCGGCAAAUUACGUGCAGACAAGAAAUGACGACAACACUGCCCUGUCCAAUUGUGUUGUGCCUGUGUCGUCGCUGUAUGACGAGCCACCAGGAGAAGAACUCAGGAAGGACAAGAAAACUGCAUUGAAGCAGGACCUGCCUGCUUCGUCGCUUUAUGAAGAACCACCGGAUGAAGACACUAGCAAGUCAGCCGCAUUCAAGCCGGUCGUGGCUGCCUCUUCGCUUUACGAAGAACCACCGGAGGAGGUGCUGAAGACGAAUGCAUGCUACGACCUGCCCCCAGGGCCGUCUUCCUCGAGCCAACUCUACGAUCUACCCCCGACGAUCGAGGAGAACACACAUCAGUUCAAUAAGCUUUCUGAGGAACUACUUUCAACGGAAGAGAGAUACUUGGGCGAUUUGCUUUUAGCCAAGAAAUUAUUUCAUGAUAACCUUUUGAAACUUCAAUAUAAAAAAGAGGUUGAGACUAUCUUUCGCCAUUGGGACCAGCUCAUGGACGUCUCUAGAAAGGUUUACAUGCGGUUGAAAAAAUGCGAAUCUCCAGGACAAGUUUUCAUAUCCGAGAUCGAUUCCCUAUCGGUGUUUGUGGCUUUUUGUAGCCAUCAGCAAACAGCACUGGAUGCUAUGAACCAGCUAUUGACGCAUAAUGAUGCUCAGAAACUCUAUGGCAAGUGCAUGGCUAGCGUCGCAGCGCGAGGAAUGAGCCUCUAUACGUUUUUGUUGAUGCCACUGGGACGAGUUACUCGGUAUCCAUUAUUGAUUGAGAAAAUUCUCAAGGAAUGCGAUCCAAAAAGUGAACUACACCAGGAACUGGACACCGCCUUGCAGCUACUACGAGCGCUUGUUUCCGAGGUGAACCGGGCAGUUACUGAGGAGGAGAACGUUUUUCUUCUAUGUUGGGCACAGUCCCAUGUUAAGUGCCCAUCUUCAAUACAAAUAAAUUUUACUUCAAAUACGAGAUUAGUGGGUAAAAGAUCGUUUCUACAUUCUGGGGUGCUUUACAAACAACGUAGUGGUCGCCUAUUGGUUGGUCUUCUUUUUAACGACUUUCUCAUGCUGACUGUUCCGGAUGAGCAUCUAUCCGAGCCAAACUCCUUCAAGAUUUCGAAAACUACAGAAACUCGACUUACGCUCUAUAAGCAACCAAUUCCAUUAUCAGACCUCAAAAUCCUUCCUUCAAAUGAUGAUGUCAUCUUGAAUAUCCAAAAUGGCAAUGACACCGUUUGCUUGCGAUGUGUCAGCAGCAAUGCGCGUCGUUUGUGGAAAACUCAACUAGAACAAGCCAUCGAUGUCUAUGCCAUCGCCGUUUCGGAACAGCAGCAUGGAAAGAAAUCACUUGUGAAUGGGAGAAUCAUCGGUCGAUUGUUGAUUGACGUAAUGAACGUCAAAAAUUUUCAUGCAAAAGCUUCGGACUCCACCUCGCAAAUCCUUCACCUUUCACUCGGCACUUCUCGCGAGAUGUUCGACAUAGAUCUCUCCAAAAAAUCUGAUCUGCAUAUAUCCGCUCAAUUUCCUUUUACACAUACCUCACUCAGUUUCGUUGUCAAACUACUGAAAAAGAAUCUCUUUUCUCCGGAUGAGCAAUUGCUAGAUGAAGGCAUUGUUCCACUGUCCGAGCUAAUCCGGGAAUCAUCCCACCAUCGUGGGCCACUAAUAAAACCAGUAUACUUGAGAAAAGACAUGGAUAAAGCGAAACCACCGGAAACGAUCACUAUAAAAUUUGCUGUUCAGAUGUUUGAUGUUAAUAUGUAAUAAUG